AUGGCCCCUAAACCUCCGUCGAGCACUUCAUCCCGGGCCUGGGAUGGUGUGAAUCCACCGCUGUCCGGAUGGGUGCUUGACGCUGUCUCCUCAAUGGGGUUCACUCGAAUGACCCCGGUUCAAGCAUCUGCCAUUCCCCUCUUUAUGGCUCACAAAGAUGUCGUUGUCGAAGCUGUUACUGGUAGUGGAAAGACACUUUCUUUUCUGAUUCCAGUUGUGGAGAAGCUGUUGCGCCUAGAAGAGCCCAUCAAAAAACAUCACGUCGGCGCCAUCAUCGUUUCCCCAACCAGAGAACUUGCAUCGCAGAUAUACAGCGUACUGUUAUCAGUACUUGCAUUCCAUCCACCAUCAGCUUCUUCAAUCAAGCCUUCCGAAACCGACGAAGACGCUCCGCGUACGAAAUACUCUUCGUCGACACUCAAGGUCGUUCCACAGCUCCUCCUCGGGGGUGCAACCACUCCUGCGGAGGAUCUUAGCAGUUUCUUGAAACACUCUCCGAAUCUUUUGGUGGCUACACCAGGUAGACUUUUGGAGUUACUAUCAUCCCCCCACGUACACUGCCCGCAAUCGUCCUUCGAGAUGCUCGUCUUGGACGAGGCAGACCGGCUGUUGGAUCUCGGAUUCAAGGAAACUCUACAAAACAUCUUGCGCAGACUUCCAAAGCAAAGGCGAACAGGGUUGUUCAGUGCUAGUGUGAGCGAGGCUGUCGAUCAGAUCGUCCGUGUAGGACUGCGCAACCCUGUCAAGGUGGUAGUCAAGGUCAAGGGUGGAUCCGGAGUUGAUGAUAAGCGUACCCCGGCCAGCCUUCAAAUGACUUAUUUAACCGUUCCCCCUAUUCAUAAAUUUUCCGCCUUGAAACACAUCUUAAAUUCCGUGCAACCGACUCCGUCAAAAUCAAUAUUCUUCGUGUCAACAUGCUCCGGUGUCGACUAUUUCUCCGCAAUUCUUCCAUUAAUACUGGGUGACGAUUUCCAACUCGUACCACUUCACGGCAAACACCAGGCAAAUGUGCGCCAAAAGAAUUUCAACCGUUUUGUAAAUGCCCUUACCCCAGCUAUACUUCUCACUACGGAUGUUGCUUCGCGAGGUCUAGAUAUCCCAUCAGUUGAUCUCGUCGUCCAAGUCGACCCUCCUUCAGACCCAAAGACCUUUAUCCAUCGUUGCGGUCGUGCUGGUAGGGCCGGCCGUAGGGGUCUUAGUGUGGUCCUAUUGCAUCCGGGUAGAGAAGAGGAUUAUGUUUCCUUCCUAGAAGUACGGAAGACUCCGGUCGCUCCGUUCCCUCAACCCAUCACUUUUUUGGACACUGAUGCCGCGGCAGCUACAGAGGUUGCCCGGAAGGCAGCACGGGCAGACCGUGCGGUGCAUGACCGAGGACAAAAAGCUUUUGUUAGUUGGUUGAGGAGCUAUAGUAAACAUCAAGCCAGCAGCAUCUUCCGUGUCGCGGACUUGGACUGGGAGGGCCUGGGGAAAGCUUGGGGACUACUGAAGCUACCAAAGAUGCCUGAACUGAGGAAUUUCUCAGGAGACAGGACGCUUGGGGUCGACAUGGAUUGGGAUACGUAUUCUUAUAAGGAUAAGCAACGGGAGAAGCGUCGUCUAGAGGUCCUCCAGGAGACGGCAGAAAAUGGUCCUCAACAACAAGAAACGAAUAAGAAACGUCCAAAUGACAGCGUCUCGUGGAGCAACAAUGCCGAGAACAAAAAUAAGAAAGCAAAGCGACGAGACCAAAAGCAAGUCCGCCAGGAGAAGAAACGAUGGGAGAAAAUGACCGAUGAGGAGAAGAAGAAGGCAGAGGACACUGAACAGAUGGUGGAGCAGAUCAAGGCAAAGAACGAAGAACAGCGGCAACUCAAGCGCGCCGCUGCAAAAUCUAACAAAGAUGUAAACGCCGAUGGAGACGAAGAAUUUGAAGGUUUCGACUGA